UAAUAUUUCACAUCUUUAACAAAUUUACGCUCCCUCAUAUUUAUAGUGUCCAUCAGUAUUCAAUGCAUGAAAAGGUAUGACGUCUGCUCACAACAUUCUCUAAAACAUUAAUAGGGAAAACACACGUGCGGAUGAGCUCGGGUUUGACGUCAGGAGCUGCGGACACCGGCGAGUGAGCUCAGACACAUUUGUCAAAUAACAAAACGGCGUCAGGAGUCUCGCGCACCUGCCAUAAACUUCCCCAGCCGGUUUCCACAUUUACCGCGAGCGCAAUGAAUCACAGCAAGUCCGAUCUUAAUGGUCCGUCCCGUAACGGCAACUCCGGUUCCGCGGACGAGCUCGUGAUAACGUCGACUUUCGGGACCUUGCUGUCGGUGGUUUACAUCGUGGGAGUCUCGGGAAAUGUCUACACGCUGGUAGUCAUGUGUCACUCCAUACGGUUCGCUACUUCAAUGUACAUCUCCAUCAUUAACCUGGCGCUCGCGGAUCUCCUUUACCUCUCCACUAUCCCCUUCGUGGUGUGCACGUACUUUCUGAAGGACUGGUACUUCGGGGACGUGGGUUGCCGGAUUUUGCUAAGUCUGGAUCUUUUAACUAUGCACGCAAGUAUCUUCACGCUCACGGUCAUGUGCACGGAGCGCUACUUGGCUGUGACCAAACCGUUAGAUACUGUUAAGCGCUCCAAGAGCUACCGAAAAGCAUUGGCAUGGUGGGUUUGGAUCUUAUCUCUAGUGCUGACUCUUCCCAUGAUGCUCAUGGUUAACCUGACUACUAAAAAAACGGCAGAUGGAGGGGUAAAAAGGAUGUGCGCGCCCACCUGGGCACCACAGGCGUAUAAGAUUUACCUGACUGCCCUGUUCUGCACGAGCAUAAUGGCACCAGGACUGAUCAUCGGUUACCUAUACACAAGGUUAGCCAGGACUUACUUGGAGUCUCACAAAACCGUUAAUAGAAGCAGCAAGCGCUCUCCAAAGCAGAGAGUCCUUAUUAUGAUAUUCACCAUCGUGCUGGUGUUCUGGGCGUGCUUUUUGCCCUUUUGGAUAUGGCAACUUGUGCCCCUGUAUCACAAGCCCUUCCGUCUCGCUUCGCGCACACACACGAGCAUUAAUUACCUCGUGGCGAGUCUGACCUACAGUAACAGCUGCAUUAAUCCUUUCCUGUACACACUAUUGACCAAGAACUAUCGGGAGUAUUUGAAAAACCGACACAAGAGUUUUUACCGCUACACGUCGUCGUUUAAACAGCGACCACCGAGUUUGUACUCGUGGGGAAAGUCCGCGUCAUCCAGUAAUCAGUUCGAGUUUCACUCGGAAACGCUUGUCAUGGCGCAGCUGAAGGCGCAGUGACGCGGUGAAGAAACCUUAUGCAGUUUGCGUACAGGUAAAUGUUUAAAUGACUCAUCUAUUGUCCACACACUCUCCUCCCUCCAUUCACAAAACAUCACACUCAUUCAUAUACAGUAGCUGACUAAACUGUAAACUGUAGUAAAAUGUGCACUUGCAUUCACUGUUCAGAUUAGAUGCAUUAACUAAAACAACGGGUGACCUACGCUUUAAACUGUUACAAGCAACAUGACGCCAUUCCAAUUAGCUUUAUUUAAGAGUGUAGAUGUGUUUUUAUUUGUGUAAAAGCGAAGCAAGUUAUUUUCACUAGGAAACGCUUGUCAUGGCGCAGCUGAGGGCGCAAUGACGCGGUGAAGAAACCGUAUGCAGUUUGCGUACAGGUAAACGUUUCAAUGACUCAUCCACUCUUCUCCCUCCAUUCGCAAAACACACUCAUGCUAUAUAGCUGACUAAACUGUAAAUGUGGUAUACUGUGUGGUAAGCUAUACUGUAUAGUGUUCUUUAGGUGGGUGCUUAUAGGAAUUUCUCCAGUUUAGGACAGUCAGGUAUAAAGGGAAUGGUUGUCUAGAG